CACCAAUCACCCAACCAAACCAUUCCUUAUAAAUACAUUCCCUCCCAUCACAACUUUAUUCAACACAACAGACAGGAUUUUCCAAGUGUCUCUUUGUGUUUCUUUGCAGGAAAAGAAAAAAAAAGAAAACUGAAAAAAUAGGUGAAGUGAGUUUGCAGUAGCUAAUUAAACAGUUCCUAGUCAUAAUUAAGGAAGCAAAUUGAUGAAACAUGGCAUCCAUGGAAGACAUGAACAACAUCACUGAGGAAACAGCACUUCCAGGCUUCAGAUUUCACCCCACAGAAGAAGAACUCCUUGAUUUCUAUCUCAAAAACAUGGUUGCUGGCAAGAAACUUCGUUUCGACGUCAUUGGCUUCCUCAACAUCUAUCAUCAUGAUCCUUGGGACUUGCCUGGUCUGUCAAAGGUUGGGGAAAGAGAAUGGUACUUCUUUGUACCAAGGGACAAAAAACAUGGAAGUGGAGGAAGGCCUAACCGCACAACAGAAAAAGGGUUCUGGAAAGCAACCGGUUCAGACCGGAAAAUCGUGACCUUGUCUGAUCCGAAGCGUAUAAUCGGGUUGAGGAAGACCCUGGUUUUCUACCAGGGAAGAGCUCCAAGGGGAUCCAAAACCGAUUGGGUCAUGAAUGAGUACCGUUUGCCUGACAAUUGCCGACUACCUAAGGACAUAGUGCUAUGCAAGAUAUAUAGAAAGGCAACUUCCUUGAAAGUGCUGGAGCAGAGGGCAGCACUGGAGGAAGAGAUGAAGCAAUUUGGUUCUUCCCCUGCAUCCCCUCCUUCAUCCACAGACACCAUGUCCUUUACACAUGAAGACCAAAACAUUAUGUCCCUUCCUUUGUUCCAAGACGUUGUUCUUAAGAAAGAAUCUGAAGCUGAAGCUGAAAAUGAAGAAAUGAUGCUAUCUAUGUCAAUGUCAGUGCCAAAGCAAGAAAAAUCACAGACUCAAUUGGUUUUCAACGACAGCAACAAAAGCACUUGUGGUGGUGGUGGUUCAUCUCUUCAAUUGCCCUUGGGGAAUGACAAGCUACCAGAGCUUCAGUUGCCAAUGGUUACUGACUGGACCACCCAGCUAACCCAAGAUACAUUUUGGGCUCACUUGAACAGUCCCUGGCUGCAAAACUUGACUCCUUCAAGCAUCCUCAACUUUCAUUCAUAGCAUGUUUGGAACAACUUAUUUUUGAAUUAAUUCUGACACUGGGAGUUACUAACAGGAGUUUCUCCCCACAAAUGAUUUUCCCUUCAGAAUCAAUUUUAGAAUGAUUUUCAAACAUGCUAUGAUCGUGAUGCAUCAUGACUCAACUGUAUAAGUUGCAAGUUAAUUUGGCAUGUAUAUGCAGUGAAUUAAUUAAUCGUAAUUUAUAUUAGCUCAAUUGAUUAAUACUCUGAUACAUAUAUGCUUUGCUCAAGUUCUGCCUACCUGGAACUUGAGAACCCUACCCAGCACUUUCAUGAUGUUAAUGAUGUUUUUGUGCCAACAUUUGCUUUAUUGAUGAUGAUGUUAUUAAA